AUGGCCGCCCUCGUCGCUGCCGCGGGGCUCAGGGAGCUCGUCAUGGACAAGUGCCUCGGCAUCACCAACGUCGGGCUCGCCAAGGUCACCGUCGGGUGCCCCGGUCUGGAGAAGCUCAGCGUCAAGUGGUGCCUUGAGAUCUCCGACAUUGGCAUCGAGCUGCUCUCCAAGAAGUGCCCCGAGCUUCGCAGCGUUGACAUCUCCUACCUCAAGGUGAGCAAUGAAUCCCAUAGAUCACUCUCCACUCUCGAGAAGUUGGAGGACAUAACAAUGGUCUGCUGCUUGUUUACAGACGAUGAUGGCCUACAGAUGCUAAGCGCAGGCAACUGGCUGAAGGUAAUCACCUUGCAGCAUGAGCACUACCAGGAACAGCACCAGCAAAGCAACAACAAUAGCAACGAAUGCAGUAACCCCACAAACGACAGCAACAGCCGCAAGAGAGGCAGAAGACAACGAAGAAAUUUUACCCUAGAGAUCAAGGCACAGUUAGCUGCAAACUGA